AUGCAAGAACUGCAGGAGAUGCGUCUGGCAGUUCAGCAGGAGCCGAUGUGGAUGUUGAGCUGGCUGAAGAAAAAUCUACUGGAGAAUCAGGAGAUGAUAAAGAAAGUGGUUGUGGCAUUUUUUGAGCUGGUACAGAAGUUCCCUCUUCACUACUCGGACCGCUCCUCUUCCUGGGUUAAUAUAAUUUUAGAGGCUCGAGAAGAUGUUCUCCUAAGCAAUGGGGUGACAGUUGACUCAGGUUGGGAAAAGCCAAGUGUUGAUGCUCCAUGUUUGGGUGUCCUGGCAGCAGAACUGUCUUUUUUGUGCUCCCAUGGUGAUCCCUCAAUCUCAGAACCAGCAUUGUUGGGAAUGUACCACCUCUUCUCCAUUGCAAAGUGCCAGGAUGAUAAGAAUAGUUCACCACCUUUUCUUAGGGGAGUAAGACAAAACUUAUUGCCUUCUUUGUUGACUGAUUUUGUGUGGAACCUACUGAUGAAACUCUCUGAACCUGAUUAUAAAAUUGCAUCUGAAGCGGCAUCCAUACUGAAAUUGACUCUGGAAUAUCAUUCCCAGAAGAUCACCAUGGUGUCUAAGAUUGUGGAUGCUAUUUGUAAGCAAUUGUGUAAAAAUUCUUCUCACUAUGAGGAUGACAUGUUGCGAGUCAUUACCUUGUUGAUAUGCACUUCACCCAAGAUGGUCAUCUUUCAACUUACGGACUACCCAGUCCCAACUAACAACACUCUGAUCCUGAUGUGGCAGGCGGCGGGUUUGGAGUCGAGUGUGGCCCAUCUACUGAAGACAGUCUUGUUGAUAUUGAAAGGAAAUCCUGGAACAAUGCCGACCCCCACAGUGGACAAAAGACAUUUCUCUCUCAAGGCUGCCAACAUGAUGCCUGUGGCAGCAUCCCAAGCCCUGUGCACGCUGCUGCCUGUUGGUUCCUACAAGAAAGCAGUGGCCCAGUUUUUCCCUGAGCUCUUGAUAACCCUCAUGGUCCAACUCUCCUACAGCAGUGAGCUGAGACUGAAGAUCCUGGACAGGUCAUUGUAUGCCCAGGAUGCCCUGAGAGUUCUACUGAAUUGUUCUGGGCUGCAAGAGGUGGCUGCUGCGCUAAAUAAAAAGAAUUGUUGGAACCAGUUUUGCCAAAUACCACAUCAACAUCAGGGGGUCUACCAUGUUGCCAAAACCCUCAAUGAAUAUAACUUUCCUCAAUUUCCAGAGACACUUCAUUAUCUAUACAAGUUCUCAGUGGAAGGUCCUAGAAGGUCAGAAGAGAGUAUCAUCACAGUAAUGUUCCUCACUGAAGUAAGUUUUAUUAGGGACUGUGAACAACUAUGUUCUCAUUUUCUUUCCUUAUCCAAACUUAAAUCAAGAUUCUGGCUUCUCACCUCCCUCCCGAAUACUGGUUCUUACCAAGACUUACGAUAA